GCUUAUACAACAGAUUGGUGAAGUUGUAACGACUUGAAAUCAGAGGUUCACUAGUACACUAGGUAACUACUGAUGUUUCCUUAUAAGAACUGUUAGUGUGUGUCAUUCAUAGAUAACAACUAUUUAGGUUUUAAAUAUCAGUGAACUUUUAUCGUUAUAGUUGUAUGAAUGUGAGCAAAUUUCUUAAAUAUAAAAAACCCCUGCAGACAGUCUGUCUACCUCUCUUAGCUUCAAAUAAACAAACCACAAGAUGCUUCCUCAAAAUAGUACCGUAUCCAAGAACAUUGUUAUAUCACGUUUGUUCUAUGAUACGACCGCUCUUGCUUCCUUCUCAACGAAGUUAUGUGAGCACUAAAGUGUGGUAUAAGUGUUAAACAAUUGUAUCAAUUCGUCGGCAUAAAUUGGUAGUGAUUGCUUCAUUGUUCAAAUAAAUGUAUCGCUAUCAUUUGCCAUUCACAGUUGUGUUACCAUGAUAUCGGUUGAUUAAAAUGUAUCAACCAGUCACACUACACGCGCUUCAUUCUUUAUAGUCUUCGAUAGGGCUUAAAUUUUCGGAUAGUUUUCUAAUAUUUUCAUGUUGAUAGGAUCACCAACACAGGAUGUCAGCGACACGCGUUGUACUUCCCCGACUGGCGGAAUUCAACAGUAACAAAAAAAGUACAGAUACCAAUGAUUCGUCUGUAUCCAGCCUACACCGUCUUAAUACUGGAAACCUAUCAGUGACACCAGCCAUAAUCAAACGGGUUACUAGGUGUCACAUGAUCCGGCCUCCAAAAAUGGUGACGGAAAGUAAUUUUAGUUCUCCCAAUAAUUCAAUGCUUGAUCUAGCGCUCAGUGGGACAACACAAGAAAAGAAUCUCCACUUUCCAAAAAUCACGGAGGAUCGGAUCGACCCAAUAGAUUGUGCACAACAAGCUCCACCUCCAGUGACGCGUCUGCUAAAACCCUCCAAACACAGGCUUACAUCUUCCACCCUGUUUCCCGAACCUCCAGUAACUACGAUUAAAUCUGAAAGUCGGACAAAUCUUAAUAUAGAAUUAGCGAUUAAGGGCCAGGACAUCCGGCUUCCCCCUCCCCGCAACCCAACAGAAAGCCGCAAAACUAAUACAAAGAAACUUACUAGAACACCUUUUAAAACGACACUUAGCAACGAGGAUCUUCAGAGCGGAGUAAUAUCGUUCGAAGAGGACAUCAGGAAACUACUUUUGUGUCAAUCAUUGGGAGUAUCGAUUGAGACCAAAUUCCAGGCAUCUGGGAACAUAGCGAUACCUGUAUUCCACUGCCCCAGAUGCCUCAAACACUGGGCGGUAUACAACGUUACUCCCCACGGAUGUAAACAAAUUGAAAAACCAACAAAGGGGCCCUCGUUUCAAAUCACUAAUACAGGACAUAAUAUCCUGCAGACAUUUCAGGCCAUGGCUAAAAACGAUCAACACCAGUUCUUGAAUAUGAUUAGGUCCAUUGAAGCGGACCCGAGAGGUAUAAUCCACGUACCUAGAACAAAAUAUCCACCGCCAGUUGCUUUAGGGAGCAGAAACAGUGAAAUUUUACACGGUAAAAAAGCUGAGCUCGUACCCAAGAAAAGUACCGGUCCAACUGCAAUCUCGUCAAGUGUGUCUGUAGUUGAAGGGUGGGAUACUAGUGAGUUUGCAACAACUACCAAUAUGACGCCAAAUUCCAUGCCAAGUAGAAGGCUAAGUGAUCCUAACUAUGAACACGGGCCUACACUACUUCAAAUACAAGAACGACAAGCGAAUAAUACUUUGUUAAGCCAAAGUAGCUCAGGUAAACUUGAUGCCACCAGAGGACGUACACAUUUGGAUUAUGAUGAGCGACCUAACACUAGCAAAGGACGAAGAAUAUACAGUUUAGACGGAGCCAGAGCGGAAAAUAUUGUCAUCGAAAGAGAAAACUUGUUAAAACCAGACAGUAUUUCCCAUGAAUCAGAUAAAAAUACUAAUGCAUUGUACAAUCGUAUGGUAAAACAUCAUUCAGACAUCGAAGAAACAACUGGUCAAUUUGCUGCGGAUGGUACAUACGCCCACAACCAGUUUAUUCCAAAUGGGAGGAUCAGCCCGAAUGGUCAACGGCAGAGCGGUCUACUUGGACCAGAUGGACGUUUCUAUAUCAACGCACACUAUGGUCCAGAUGGCCGAUUUUAUGCCCAAGAAAGUCAGGCGUACGACGUGCAAUUUUCACUUCCGAACCCAGGUCAAGUAGCUAUGCAGAAUAAAUUUCCCAAAGAAAAUCAAAUUGAAGCACCGGGGAAAUUAAUACUUUCGCGGAGGCCCAUUGGUUCAUACACUGACGAAAACGCUCCCAGCCAAUCAAAUCAAGAUGCAAUUGAAUCAUCUAGUGAAUUAACACAAUCGCAUGAAUCAAUUGGUCCAUUUGAUACUGAUGAAAAUGCUACCCGCCAUUCAGAUCAUGAAGCAACUGAAGCACCUCGAACAUUAUUAAAAUCGCAAGCACCCAUUAGUAAAUCGAGCAGAGAUAAGCAUAUUUCCAGCCAAUCAUAUCAAGGCGCUGAGGGCAAGAUUCUUUAUAGCGAACACGAACAAAAGGUUGACAAAAGUUUAAACCACAAUGCAGAGAGUCAUUUUAUUCAGUCGGACUUUAAUGGCACUUUUGUAACUCCAAAUAAUCGAUCAGCGGAAGAAAACGAACACUUUCAAGAACAUAUUUCUACUGACGAACGAAUUACAGUACAAAAACAAUUCAACAGCUUACUAAAUGACAGAAAUCCUAUUCAAAACCCAAAAGAUAACUCUGUCGGCAUACAAGAGAGUACCAGCGAACACAAAAGCAACAUUUUGAUAUCAACUAAUAAAACCAACAAUGAUGUCAAAAACCAUAUGCAGCAAAAUGCUCAACCUAACGGGCAUAUCCGACCAAUACAAGAAAAAGACUUGGAGACGAACAUCGAAAAUAAUCAAGUAAAUGUUAUGGAAGUCGAUGCUGGAAAAACGAGUAACAAUACAAAUGACGACGAAGGCCGUUACGCAUGCAGUAACGAAUCGUUUGACACUCUGUUCACGGACAAUACAAUUACAGGCGACAGUAAUUCAGAGGCAGGUGCUGUAAGAAAUCAUCAACCACAUCACCAAGGACAUGAUAUAGCCGAAAAGGAAACUAGAAACAACGAAACUGUAAUAGAAAGCAAACAUGAGUUUAAAAAUGAGAUCGAACAGCGCUUAAAUCCAAAACAGAAACAAAGAAGAGAAAGUACCAUCAACUACAUGGGAGUGAAAGAUAAACCAACAGCAGUGACAGAUUCACAAGAAAGUUUGAACAGCGUUCGGAACAAAGCAAAAGAAAUGAGGAAAACUCUCAUCAAGAAUAAAGCUGUUAAGAAUGUCACAGGCAAACCCGACACGAAGCCUGGAUCUCUCCAGAAACAUAUGUUUGCAACACCAGAAGAAUCACUGGCAAAGGCAAGUGCUGUGUUGGGUGCAGCCGGAAAAAGAAACGGUACAAAAUCGAACAAUUUGGCGCCAGUUAGCUCAGCCGGUAGGUUGCCAAUUGGAAAGGCACCUGCAGUAACAAAAAGCCGUGAAGGUUCCCCAACGAAAAAAUUUCGUGAUGUCACCAGAAGCCCUACAAAAUCCUCCGGAUCAUCAAUCUCUAGUAAGGAGUCACUUUCGCCUAAAGAAUAUCCGCCGAUAAAUAAGCCAAAGUCGAAUAUCGUGAUGAAGGAUAGUACAUUCAACAACAGACCAAUCAGUUCACCUACGAAAAAUGGACGAAAAGAAACGAUGCCCACGCUCCCGAGUAUUGCAACAGAUUCUACUGCUACUGAAAAUGCGAGUCCAGAGAAAAAACAAAGAGAGAUUAUAAAGAAAGUUGCAAAAAAUAAACGAAAGACAGUUGGCCAAAGAAAAACAACAUCAGAGACAAAAAGCAGCAACAGCAUUAAUCAAGAACCCAAUUGGAAUAAGGAUACAGAGAGUGACGCAUUGGAGAUGAAGCCACAGUUAAGUGAAUUCUCAACGGAAAAUAUGCAAUCAUCGGAUAUUAAUAUUAUGUUUCAAGGCGAUCUUUUACCUAAGUUAGUUCAGGAGAAUACGCCAUCAUACAGAAUGACCUACUCUACAAUGCCUAAAACACUUGGUCAACAUCCAAAGCCAUUCACGCUUGUCACCUCUAGCAGCCAUAAGAUUAGUGAGACUGGCGAUUCAACAUCUAACAUCUACAGUGAUGCUAUGAAACAGGGUGGUUCCACGACAAUGGUGAAAAAAUGCUUGAGUGUUUCAUCUACAGCAACUACUGUAUCAUCCAAAGAAAGUGUUUUCGAAUCUGUUAGCCAAAUUUGGAAAAAGCAUGAUGAUGAACUGGUAAAACUACGCAAGAUGGAACACAGUGGCGGCAUUUCAAUUCUCAAUUUUACUCCAUCCUUUCGUUUCUCUUUAUUUCCAAUUCCACACCAAUACGUAGAACAUAACAACAGACUAUUUGAAAGAGCUGGUAAAAUACGUUCGCUGAAACACCCAAAAAAGUCAGAUAGAAAAGUUGUUAAGGCCAAAUAUGUAACGUAAAAACAAACUUUGAACUGUAUGAUA